UUUCGUCGGUUUCUUUUUACCCGCCCAUACGCCGUCGUUUGAAACCGAUUCAAAUUACAAAACACAAACGGCACAUUCAGAAAUCAGAACUCAGAAGCAAAUCAACUCUCUCAUGGAUUCCGAAGAGGACUCAUCACAGCAGCAGCACCACCUUUCACAGUGGGACACCUACCUAGUCGGCUUCGUCACCGCCAACAUCGUCGGCCUCAAAUACUACGCCGGCACCAUCAGCGGCCGCGAGUUCGUCGGCCUCAUCCGUGAACCCCACAACGCCUACGACCCAAACGCCAUCAAAGUCCUCAACACCCGCGCCCUCCAAGUCGGCCACAUCGAACGCGCCGCCGCCGCUGUCCUCGCUCCUCUCAUCGACUCCCACCUCAUCACCGUCGAGGGAAUCGUCCCUAACCCUCGCUCCGCCGCCAAUAAAUUCCGCAUCCCCUGCCAGGUCCAUGUCUUCGCUCACUCCUCCGCCUUCGCCGCCGUCACCGACGCCUUCGCCAACUCCCCUCUCCACCUCAUUUCCCAAUCUGAUCCCUCCUUCACACUAUCCGACUCUAUUGCUGUCAAAGAAACCCGCGCUGAGAACAAGUUCAAAUCGUUAGACGCUGUGUUCAAAUUCGUCGAGGAGAAUGUGAAGAAUCGUGUUCUACAACCGCUGCAACCUCCGCCCAAUGUGAUUAAAACUGAGCUUCUGCAGCAUCAGAAGGAAGCCCUAGGUUGGCUUGUUCACCGGGAAACCUCCGGCGAUUUGCCGCCGUUUUGGGAGGAGAGGGAUAAUAGCUUCGUUAACGCGCUGACGAAUUAUCAGACCAACACGAGGCCAGAGCCUCUCCGUGGUGGGAUUUUUGCUGAUGCUAUGGGGUUAGGGAAGACUCUAACAUUGCUUUCAUUGAUUGGUUUGGAUUUAGAUAGAAGGGAGAAUGCGAAACGGGGUAGGAAAAGAACUAGAAAUGGAGGUAGUGGUAGUGGUAGUGGUAGUGGUAGUAGUUCAGAGGAUAUGGAGAGUGAUGCAACAUUGAUUGUGUGCACUCCUUCUGCAAUGUCUACUUGGGUAGCACAACUAGAAGAGCACACUUUGCGCGGGGCGUUGAAGACGUAUAUAUAUUAUGGGGAUAGGAGGACUGGAGAUGCUGAGGAACUUAAGAAGUAUGAUGUGGUGCUGACUACUUACUCUACUUUGGCUAAUGAAUUGCGGUUGGCCGAGGCUCCGGUGAAGAGAGUAGUGUGGUGGAGAGUUGUUUUGGAUGAAGCGCACACGAUUAAGAAUGUUAAUGCUGGACAGAGUCAAGCUGUUAUCGCGCUGAAGGCUAAACGGAGGUGGGCUGUAACGGGGACGCUGGUUCAAAAUGGUUACUCUGAUUUGUUUUCUCUUAUGGCAUUUCUGCGUUUUGAACCGUUUUCUAUAAAGAACUAUUGGCAGAGCUUGGUGCAAAGGCCUCUUAGUCAGGGCAAUGCGAGAGGGUUAAAUCGCUUGCAGGUUUUGAUGGCAGCGAUUUCAUUACGAAGAACAAAAGAGAUGUCAUCAGUGGGGCUGCCACUAAAAACCAUAGAGACUCAUCAUAUUGAACUUUCUGCUGAAGAACGUAAAAUGUAUGAUGAGGCGAAGGAGGAAGCAGAUGCGAUUUUGUUACGUUAUGGCAGUAGUGAGGGUCUAGUGUACAGUUAUUCUGCUGUAAUAAGUAUGAUUCUAAGACUUCGGCAAAUCUGUACUGAUUUUGCUUUGUGCCCUUCAGAUUUCAAGUCGCAUCUACUCCCUUCAAGUGAUAUUGAAGAUGUUUCCAAGAACCCUGAGUUGCUGCAAACAUUAGUUAGAAUUCUGCAAGAUGGUGAAGAUUUUGAAUGUCCAAUUUGUAUAUCUCCUCCAACUGAUAUAGUAAUUACAUGCUGUGCUCACAUUUUCUGCCAACCUUGUAUUCUGAAAACUCUACAACGCAGCAAUCCCCGUUGUCCUCUUUGUCGUCGGUCCCUCUCCGAAUCUGACUUGUUCUCAGCUCCUCCUGAAUUGUCUAAUGUCGAUACCACUGAACUGUGCUCAUCAGAAAAAGGGUUAUCUACCAAAGCUUUUACUCUUAUAAAACUUCUUACAGAGUCGAGAGAUCAGGAUCCAACUGCAAAAUCAGUUGUAUUUUCACAAUUCAGUAAGUUGUUGCUGUUGUUGGAAGAACCUCUAAAAGCAGCUGGUUUCAAGACUUUGCGUCUCGAUGGGACAAUGAAUGCUAAACAGAGAGCUAAUGUUAUUGAGCAGUUUCAAGGCUCAGAAAAGGAUGGACCAAUGGUUCUCCUUGCAAGUCUCAGAACUUCAAGUACAGGUAUAAAUCUCACUGCUGCGUCUAGAGUGUACUUAAUGGAGCCAUGGUGGAACACAGGAGUUGAGGAACAGGCAAUCGAUCGCGUUCACCGCAUUGGACAGAAAGAGGCUGUGAAGGUUGUUAGAUUGAUAGCUCAGAACAGCAUUGAAGAGAAAAUUUUGAUGUUACGAGAAAGGAAGCAAGCAAGAAAAGGUUUUGGGAUGGGUAUGGAUAUGGUAGUAGAUGAUCUGCGUUUCCUUUUGGAAUAGUAGAUGGUUUUAGUGUGAACCUGUGGGAUAGUAGCAAAUAUAAAUUUGCUAACUUGUUUUGGUACAGAGCUUUUGCUUUGGCAUUACAGUAAUUAUUUAAAAAAAUGUUA